AUGCCUUUCACAUGUAGUGUCCCUGGUUGUUCAGGGAAUUACAAAAACAAAGAAAAAGUAUCCGUUUUUAGCUUCCCUUCUGAUGUGGAGCUGAAGAAGCAAUGGCUGCAUGCUAUUCGGCGAAAAGACUUCACUCCUUCAAAAAAUGCUAAGGUCUGUGAAAAUCAUUUCAGAACAUCUGAUAUUAUAAGAGAAGCGUCUGCCUUUGAUGAUAAGACAGGUCGUCUUAUCACUGCACCUCUUCGAUAUCCUCGUCUUGCACCAGGAGCAGUUCCCAUUCUUCUCCCAAACUGUCCACAAUAUUUGUCAGCCCCGCCCCGUCACGUGAGUGAGAGCGGCGCAGCCAGGAUGAGCAAGAUUGGCGUCCUGAGCCUGGACCAAGAGAUCGGAGCGAGCGACGCCGUCCUGCUCGACCCCCUCACCGAGGAGGCAUUCCUCGCGAACCUGCACCAGCGCUUCAAGAGGGACCAGAUCUACACGUACAUCGGAAACGUGGUGGUAUCUGUGAAUCCGUACAAGAAACUGGCACUGUACACCACGGACGUCAUCCACGCCUACCAACGCUGCUGCAUGUACGAGCUACCACCACACAUAUACGCUUCGGCCGACGCCAGUUUCAGGUCCAUGAAGGAUCGGAACAUCGAUCAGAGCGUCAUCAUCACUGGAGAGAGUGGUGCGGGGAAAACAGAAGCUUGCAAGUGUGUGAUGCAAUACUUAGCCAUGGUUUCCGGUUUUACGAGCGAUCUUGAAUGCAUCAAAGAACAGCUAUUGCAAUCCAACUUCGUUUUAGAAGCCUUUGGAAAUGCAAAAACUCAUAGGAAUGACAAUUCAUCGAGAUUUGGCAAAUAUAUGGAAAUUGAAUUCGAUUUCAAAGGCUGUCCAGUUGGGGGAUCAAUCACUAAUUACCUCUUGGAAAAGUCUAGGGUUGUGGUCCAAGCUCAAGGGGAAAGAAAUUUUCAUAUAUUUUAUCAACUGCUCAGUGGCGCCGACGUACACCUCCUCAAGAGCCUGAAGCUGCAACGCAACGCAGACAAGUACCAGUUCCUCCAUGAAAGCCGGUGCCUCCUCGCCAACAACAUCGACGACAAGUCCUCUUUCGCCACCACAAAGAGGGCUUUCGAGAUGCUGGGCUUCAGUGCCGAGGAGACGCACUCGACCUUCCAAGUGGCCUCAUCCGUGCUCAAACUAGGGAACAUCCAGUUCCAACCGCGGGCCAACAUGGACGGCACAGAGAGCUGCUCUCUCAUUAACGAGUACGAAGUGUAUGAGAUUUGUGAAUUACUGCAGGGAGAAGUUUCUGUUUUACAAGCCGCUCUUACGCAAAGAACCGUCGAGACGAGGCAUGACGUGAUCGUCACGGAUCUGUCUGCGACGGAGGCCAACUAUGCGAGAAAUGCCUUAUGCAAAGCUUUGUACAGUCGCCUAUUCAACUGGCUGGUGAACAGAAUCAACGACACGAUCAGGGCGAAAAGGAUAGGUAAAAGAAAAUGUAUUGGGAUGCUAGACAUUUAUGGGUUUGAAAUUCUGGAGUUUAACUCGUUCGAACAGCUCAUUAUAAAUUAUUGCAACGAGAAACUCCAGCAAAUUCUAAUAGAGCUCACUCUUAAAGCAGAACAAGAAGAAUACAUCAAAGAGGGUAUCCAAUGGGAGCAUAUAGAUUAUUUUAACAAUGCUGUCAUAUGUGAUCUCAUCGAAAAGAAUAAUCACGGCAUUUUGGCCAUGCUAGACGAAGAGUGCCUUCGGCCCGGUCCCGUGAACGACGAGACCUUCCUGUACAAGCUGACGCAGGCCUGUCAAGACAACCCCUACUUUGAGAGCAGGGGCUGUCGUAACUUCAUCGCCGACUCAACGCUCCCCCACAACUGCUUCCGCGUCAGACACUACGCCGGAGCCGUGACUUAUUCAGUAACGGGUUUUAUUGACAAGAACAACGAUAUCCUUCACAGAGAUCUGUCCCAAGCAAUGUACCGAACGGGACAACCCUUACUCAAAACCCUCUUCCCUGAAGGGAAUCCCAGGAGGACCACACUCAAAAGGCCAACCACGACUGCCACUCAGUUCAGGAUAUCGGUUGGAGCACUUAUGAAGAGUCUUCAGGGAAGGAACGCCACCUACAUUCGAUGCAUUAAGCCAAAUGAACUGAAACAGCCAAUGAUUUUUGAAAUGGCGCUUGUUCAGCAUCAAGUCAGGUAUCUAGGGUUGCUGGAGACGGUGCGCAUGCGCAAGGCUGGCUACGCGCACCGCCAGGACUACGAGUCGUUCCUGUCCCGAUACAAGAUGCUGUCCAUCCACACGUGGCCGCAGUGGUCCGGCCUGCCCGUCGAGGGCGUCACCCACCUGCUGAGGGACCUGCCCGUCCAUGCCUCCGAGUACGCCUUCGGCAGGACCAAGCUCUUCCUCAGGACCGGAAAGACGCUGUACGACUUGGAGCUGUUUCGGAGCGAGAGCCUCCACGAGCUGGCCACACUGAUCCAGAAGGUCUUCCGCGGAUGGGUACACCGCAGACUCUUCCUGCAGAUGAGGAGGAGCCAGAUCAUGCUGGCCACCAACUACCAAGCCUGGAAGUUUUCCGUGGACGUUGAAGAGGGCGGAAGUUCGUGCCUGGAUCGAUGCGGACCGACCACCCUGUGGGCCUGCUACGUCAUCUGGGCCGCCUACCUAGGCUGGAAGGUGAGACCUGAUAACAACCGAAACCAUCAAACAUCUCUCUCUUUCUCUUCUCUCUAUCUGUCUAGGCGCCGUUACUUGCUGUGGCUAUCCAGGCAUCUCCCUUCGGAAUCUCCACUAUGCCGGGAGUGGCCCCCAUCUCCGAGGUGUCUCCAGGAGACGUCGUACUACCUGCGGAAGCUCUACCACAAGUGGAGGUGCUUCAAGUACCGCCUACGAUAUGAUCAAACCGCCCGUAAUCGCAUGCGAGAGAAGGUGACCGCCAGCCUCAUUUUCAAGGAUAGGAAAGCCUCUUAUCCCAAAAGCGUGUCCCAUCCGUUUCGUGGAGAUUACGUGCGGCUUCGGCACAACGUCAAGUGGAAGAAGAUCGCGGCAGAGACAGGGGACCAGUACGUCGUCUUCGCGGACAUCAUCAACAAGAUCGCUCGAGCGAGCGGAAAGUGCCUCCAAACCCUGUUCGUCGUGAGCACGAGCGCGAUGUUGGUGAUGGACCAACGGACCCUGCAGAUCAAGUAUAGGAUCCCUGCUUCCGAUAUCUUCCGGAUAUCUCUGAGCCCCUUCAUGGACGACCUCGCCGUCUUCCACGUCAGGUCCACCGUGAGUAUCGGACUGUUUUCUAAAAAGGGAGACUUCUUGUUCGAAACGGGUCACGUGAUCGAAAUCGUGACGAAGCUGUUCCUCGUCAUACAGAAUGCCACUGGAAAGCCACCAGAAAUCAAUAUCGCCACCGAAUUCGAGGCAAACUUCGGAAAGGAGAUGGUUUUGUUAUCUUUCAAGUGCGCAGGUCUGCCAGAGGUCCAGCCGGGGCAAGUCAAGAUCUAUAGGAGGGGGAAUCGGAUGGAAGUGGUUUUAUGA